AUGGUUGCAGUACCGUAUGCUGAAAGUAAUGCUAGAAUAAUACUUAGAAAUAUUAACAUUCCACUUGUUGAUUCAUACCCUAAAGAUGGAAAGAAUUACAAAACCGACAAAAGAAUAUUUCGUCUUCGUCUUUCCAUCAAAUGUGGAGAUAAAGAACUUCUAACACCAAUUGUGGAAAAUCUUUCAGCCAAAAUGAUGAAUAUUGAAUUUCCAGAUGAAUAUAUUUUUAAUAAUGUUCCUUCAAAUUUUGCAAUUACCAUAUCAGUUUUGUCACUUCGUCCUGAUUUUACCAUUGGAAAAGGAAGUAAUAUUUUUGAUAAAUUAACCUCAACACUUACAAAAAGUAUUGGAGGAAGUACUUUUGAUAAAAAUGCUACUUAUAAUUCUAAAUAUGGAACAAUAACACCUCAUUUUAUAUAUGAUUAUCCAGAAGAUCAAAAUGAUCUUUUACAAAAUGUGGCAAAAGUAAAAUUAACAUUAAAAAAUGUAAAUCAUAUUAAAGAAACAGUUUAUAGAUUAAAAAGAAAUGAUAAUUUUUCACUUGAUUCUGAUAUAUUUCCACCUUUAUUUGGAACAAUAUCACUAUCAAUGAUACUUCAACCUCAAAGUUUACUUACUCCAAUAAAACAAGGUUUUGCUAAUAUAACACUUUGCCUUCAACAAAGAACUUUAAGAAAUGUUUAUUGUAUAUUAAAAGGUGGUAAUUUAACUAUUUUUAAUACAGCUCCACUUCAUCAUAAAGAUGGAACAAUUGAGAUUCCUGUUAAUACUGAUACUGUAAUACAUAUAGAUAGAAGAACUGAUUCUAUUGUUUUAUCAGCAAUUGUUUCUAAAAAUGAGAUGGUUAAGGAAGUCAUUGUAGAUGUUAAUAAAAAUGAAGAAAUAUUAGAAUGGUGUAAAGCAUUAAGUACACAAAUUGUUGAUACAAAAAUUUAUGGUGAUGCUGCAUCAAAAGAUUACUAUACAAUUGUAACAAAAGGAUUUAAAAAUUUUAAAAAAUCUCAUACUUUAGAAUCACCUUUUAGUAUUUAUGAAACACUUCUUUCCUCUUAUAAUACUAUUCAAAAUAAAGAACCUAAAAAACUUGAACGUUAUGAUAAUUUAGUUGAUUCAGGAUAUAUUUCAAGUACAGUUUCAGGUUUAAGUAACUCAAGUCAACAAAUAAUUUACAAUAAUUAUAAUUCACAAUCAAAUAAAUCUCCAAAAAAAUUAAGAAGAAUAACGGUUAUGGAUUACUUUGAAAAACAUUCUCCAGGAAAUAGUAAUUUUUAUGGAACAGUAGUACUUGAUAAAGAUAAAACAUUAAAUAAAAAAAUUAAAAAUGUAACAUUUAAUGGAAAUAAACAUGGAUUACCACGAUGUGGUGAAUUAAUCGACAGAACUAAUAAAUUAAAUUCAAAAAAUUAUAUAGAAACAACUAAACUUUAG